UGAGUCACGACGAUGAAUGUGCAACUCUUCAUUGUUUUUACAAUGUGCUUUCUGACUAUAACUGGUGGCCAAGCUGUUGAAGUGGAACGCACAAACUGGAUGGCUCGAGAAAGAAUUUGCUCUCAAUGCUGGAAAUAUUGCUCAGACGCAACCGAAGAAGAUUUUCUCCUUGGUCUUCCAGUUAAACGACGUGAUCGAUUCCGUGGCUGAUUCUCAGGCGAAAUAAUUUCCAAUGAAUAGAAUACUGCGCAAAUAAAACAAUUUUACCAG